AUGCGAACCAUGUUCAGAGAUGCGUUUGCCUUCAACCAGAGCAUUGGAGAAUGGGUUCCAUCCCAGGUGACCGACAUGCGAGGCAUGUUCGACAGAGCUACAGCUUUCAACAAGCCUCUGAAUUCCUGGGGUGUAUCCUUAUCCAAUGUGGGAGAUUUCACUAACAUGUUCACAGGAGCUACGGUCUUCAACCAAUGCCUGGACUCCUGGAAAGACCAAAUUAAUAGCAACCCCAGCAACUUCAUUUUUCAGGGCACCUCAUGCCCUGAUGAAGACUGCACUAGUGCACCUGUUUGCCCCACGACGACGACGACGACGCCUGACGACUCGCGGUGGUGCGAAAACUUGGAUGCUUUGGACUAUGCCUUGUUGGAUAAGAAGGGCAAGUUGGCUACGAAGCAAUGCCUCCUGCACUCGCUGAUAGAGGACUACAACUUCCCAGACAAGCUUCCUUCUUGGAGCCGCGCAUCGCAGGCUGGGCUGACCAGCGUGUUGUGCUUCAUCCUGGUCUCACUGGUCGUAGCCGCAGCUGCCUGGCGAAUCCGUAGGCAGGGGUCUCUGGUCUAUGAAGCGCUGUGA